CAAAAAAAAAAAAAAACACAUACAUCUCUCUGAAAGGCUCGCUCGAAUAACUUGCAGCAGCAGCUAAGCUGCACCACCCUGUUGAAUCCCUCUUUCCUUUUCUUUCUUCUUCUUCUUCUUCUUCUUCUUCUUCUUCUUCUUCUUCUUCUUCUUCUUCUUCUUCAAUCGCUCACUAUUCCAACAUAUACACACCUCACACAAACAUUAAAUUUACAGAGAGAUAUAAACGGUUAUUUGAAUUCGAAAUAUGACUACAAGAAAGCUGAUUCGUGAUUUGUUACUUUCCCAGCGAUCUCUUUUUCUUCCUCAUCAAGGUGUGAAAACGAGGUUGUUUUUGGUUUCGGCUGAUAGACGUGGAUACAGUGUCUUCAACGAGUUCUCUAAGAAGAUUAAAGAUGAAGCUGUUAGAAACAAAGAAUUCCAACAGACUGUGAAGGAACUGAAGGAAAAAGCAGAGGAACUGAAAGGAGUAAAAGAAGACCUGAAAGUAAAAACGAAGCAGAAAACUGAGCAGCUGUACAGACAGGUUGAUGGUGCAUGGACAGAAGCUGAAGCUGCUGCAAAGAAGGUUUCUCACAAUGUUAAAGAGAAAAUUUCAGCUGCAACUGAGGAGGUGAAAGAAACUUUUAGGGUAGGAAAGCAGGACUCUUCAGGAUCCACUGAUUCUUCAACAAAACAGGAAGCCGAGGCAAAACAAGAAAGUCAGACAACACCCGAUGAAGAGAAAAACCAGCAGACUGCGUCUGGUAAUGCUUCAGAGUCGUUGUUUGGCAAAUUUACGUCAACCUUUUCGUCUCCACGUGUGUCUACUUCAUUCCAAAAAUUAAAGGAUACAAAGUUUGUGGACUUAACCAAGAAAGGUUAUGACAUACUAAAGGAGGAGUUAAGUAGUAACCCAAGUAAGAGACGGCGUGUUCCUUCCACUCCUAGUGGCGAAACAAGUACAAAAACUGAUCUUUUUGUUAUUCCCUCUAAACAAUCUUGGUGGAGUAAGAAGUUUGAUGUAAUUAGAGAUAAGGUGAGAAGCCAUCCUGCAUCCAAGCGAUUCAUUAAGUAUACUGACCCAGUGAAGACAAAGGGUCAGGAGAUAGUAGAGGACUUGCGGGAAAUAUAUGACACAAGUGACAACCCUCUUAUUCACAAAAUACAGGAUAUCAAUGAUACCAUGUUUCAAGAGACAGAUGCUGCAAUUACAUAUAAGGAAAUACGUCAACGGGAUCCUUCUUUUUCCUUACCAGAAUUUGUGGGGGAAGUGCAGGAGGCAAUAAAGCCAGUGCUGAAUGCUUACAUCAAGCUUUUACUUAUUAACAUACAGGGUGAUGUUGAAACACUGAAGAAGUACUGCGCCCCUCAGCUGAUUGAACGUUGUAAAGCAGAGCAUGAUGCUUACAAAAGUCAUGGUAUCUUCUUUGAUAAGAAGAUCCUGCAUAUAUCCGACGCCGAUGUAAGAGAAGCCAAGAUGUUGGAAUCAUCUCCGGUCAUUAUUUUAGUGUUUCAAACACAGCAAAUCUAUUGUGUACGUGAUAGGAAUGGGGAUAUUACAGAAGGAGGCAAGGAUACAAUCCACACUGUAUUUUAUCAAUGGGCUUUGCAACAAAUGGACCAAGAAGAUCAUGGAGAGGAUGCUAUUUAUCUAAUGUGGAGACUGAGAGAGAUGCAUCAGCAAGGCAUCCAAGCACUCAUCUAGUUUUACUUGUUCUUCACUUUUUAGGGAUUUGUAUAAUUGAGCAUUUGCUACUAUAUAUGAUAUUAUUUCUUGGGUAUAAUUGAGUUUUUUUCAAGUUAUUAUUUUUACUGAUGAUAUUAAAAAAAAAUAACAUGCCCGAAUGAUUCAUUUAUGUGUAACAUAUGAGUUUGAUGCAUGGUAAAUUACGUUCAAGCUUUGUGCCAGAAGCUGCAAGUUGUAAACCAAGGACAGGAUAUUUAUUUAUAACAAUAAAUACUCUUAGCCAUUGUUUUU